AUUAUACUUUCUUUUAUUUCAGUGUGUGCAGAAGCUUACAAUCCUGAUGAAGAAGAGGACGACGCAGAAUCCAGGAUUAUUCACCCUAAAACAGAUGAUCAAAGAAACAGACUACAGGAGGCAUGCAAGGACAUUCUUCUUUUUAAGAACCUAGAUCCGGAACAGAUGUCUCAGGUGUUAGAUGCGAUGUUUGAAAAGCUGGUUGAAGGAGGAGAACAUGUCAUUGAUCAAGGGGAUGAUGGUGACAACUUCUACGUCAUUGAUAGAGGUACAUAUGAUAUUUAUGUAAAAUGCGAUGGUGUUGGGAGGUGUGUUGGAACCUAUGAUAACCGAGGAAGUUUUGGUGAGUUGGCCUUAAUGUACAAUACACCCAGAGCAGCUACAAUUAUAGCUACCUCUCCUGGUGCCAUCUGGGGUUUGGACAGGGUAACGUUCCGAAGAAUCAUUGUGAAAAAUAAUGCCAAAAAGAGAAGAAUGUAUGAAAAUUUUAUUGAGUCAUUGCCAUUCCUUAAAUCUUUAGAAGUAUCUGAGCGUUUAAAAGUGGUUGAUGUGAUUGGCACCAAAGUGUAUAAAGACGGAGAACAAAUCAUUGCUCAGGGUGACUCGGCUGAUUCUUUCUUCAUUGUGGAAUCUGGAGAAGUAAGGAUUAUAAUGACAAGGAAGGGUAAACAAGAUGUAGAAGAGAAUGGAGCAGUCGAAAUAGCUCGAUGCUCAAGAGGACAAUAUUUUGGAGAACUUGCUCUUGUAACUAACAAACCGCGAGCCGCCUCUGCAUUUGCUCUUGGCACUGUCAAAUGUUUAGUUAUGGAUGUGCAAGCAUUUGAAAGGCUUUUGGGACCUUGUAUGGAAAUUCUGAAACGAAACAUUGCAAACUAUGAAGAGCAGCUAGUUGCUCUGUUUGGAACAAACAUGGACAUUGCUGAUCCCAGUGCGUGAACUAAACAUUGGAGCAACAAGAUCUGUUAUGAGAAUAUAGCACAGUAGUGGUUAGUCCACUGAGAAAUUGUCUCUCUUCCUAUAGAUGCCAAGCAUUUUCUGUGAUUUUAAGAGUGGGUUCAGGGGUAUUUUUUGG